CUCAUGCCAUCUGCUCUCUGUUAUCAUUAUUAUAGGCGGCUUUGGAUUUAAAGUCGCCCUUCUCCUUGUGCUCCCUUUCGCACAGAAUCGACUCCCCAAGCAAACUCCAGACUAUUUUCUCUCAACGCUGUAACGAAGGUUCAUCCCGGGGUUUCUUCUUCUGUUUUUGUACGGUCUGGAAAGGCUGUGGAAACUAAUCAGGAUGUUUUACACUCCUGAGUGGGCUUACUGGAAACACUGCUCAAACUUUAAGCUCGGAGCCCAAAUGUAAGGAGAGUGGACCUGACGAUGUGGCGAAGAGCCGGGGAUGAAAACGUGGACUCCGGAGCUGACACAGCCGAAUCUGUCAGCAGCAGAAUGUCGUCGUCUGCUAGUGACCUCAUGAGCGGCCGGGUCGGGCGGCAGCGCCAACAGCAACUCUUGCCGAUAAACCUGCAUCUGCUGGCCAACCCUGGAGAUUCGUUGCUUCUGCAGCAGACGCUGGACCGCCUGCUGCGCUGGCUGUGCCCAAGCCUCCGGAUCUUCCAUGUAUCAGAGAGGGCUUCCCCCUUCAGAGUUCACACUUGCCUUCGUCCUGUGGCCGACUACCCUUCUCUGGCCAUCACCUUCUUCCUCCACGAAGCCUACGGAGAGGAGCGGAUCCUCAAAGUGCUGGACUUCUUCCAGCGCCCACCCUGGCAGUACCACCACACCGAGAGCUGCGGCAGCCGAACCAGAGGGAUCCACAUCACUUCCAGCAGUUCCCCCUCCAACGCCCUGCUGCGGCCCUACCUCCUGCCAAGCAGAGACUUUUACAGUCUGGGCCCCGGCAUGCCUGUGUGGGGGGUGCGACCCGUGCACUGUGGAGGAGAAAUCCUGCGCAUAACGCUGUACAGCAGCUACGACAACUACGAGGACGCUGUGAGGUUCUACGAGACGGUUCUGCAGCGGCAAGCCGAGGAGCAGAAGGCUGGUUUCUGCUGGUUCACCCUCCAUGCAGAGCCCGGUCUCUGCCUCCAGCUGGCCUUGAAACAGCUGUCUCCAGGGGUUGGAGUGGAAGCGUGCAGCUCUGCUGUGCUGCAGUUCAGUGUGGAAGAAGUGGGACAGCUGGUCCCCCUGCUGCCCAACCCCUGCACCCCCAUCAGCAAUAUACGCUGGCAGACUGAAGACCUGGACGGUAACAAAGUUCUCUUUCAAGUGAAGGCUCCAGCUCAACCUCAUCGACCUCUGACCUGUGCAUUCCCUCUCACCUGCCUCAGUUUGCCACCUCAAGGAGUGCAGCUCCGGAGCAGCGGACACGGAAACAGUUUCCUGCCAUGCGGCCUCACCGCUUCUCUGACGAUGCAAACUCACAGGCAAGGAAUCAGACCGCGCAGCGAGCCGGUUCUUGAGAAGCUGCUUGGAGGAUGUGGAGGAGCAGAAAGUCUGGGGUCAGGCAGCUGCUGCAGCACCCCUCCUGGAAGCUCCUGUUACUCAUCCCAACGCAGCAGCCCCGCUCAGCUCUCCACCUCCAACCACCCCGACUCUCCCCUGCGCCCCUCCGUCACCCGCUCUCUCUCCCAUCUCCUCCUGGAAGAGGAAGAAGAGGAGACCAACGUCGACACUGGAGUCGCCGUCUCUCCCCCGUCGGACACCGCCAUCGCAACCAUCACUCGCUCCUCCUCUUGUGACCUCUUGAGGACUUGUAACUCUGAGAGACCGUCAGUGGUUGGGGCUUCACCUGUGGGGCAGCAGGCCAAGGAGUUGACUAAAUGUUUGCCACAGACUAACCAUCAGGCGCCCUCUGGUGGCUCUAAAGGUGCAAAAGAGGAGAGCAGGACCACUGCAAGUGGACAAAGACCUUCACAGAAGCUGCUGGCAGAGAACAGCACAUCGACAGAGCUGUUGUCAGCAUACAUAAACCAUGAGGAGCCGGUCGAUGAGUUCUUUAUCUGAUUUCCCGUCACAUAAUCUGUCCACAGGGCACAGUGAUGCAGUCUGAUAAACGAGGGCCUGUUCUGGAGAACAAAACGCAGCAAAGUACCUCGGCAGGCGACCUGCUUCACCCAGAGGUGUCUGAACCCCAUUAAGUGGCUUUACUGGUCUUACUGGUUCAUGUUUUACAAUAACGACACUCUCCAGAGACCCAGCAACUUCGAGAUUAUGUUAGCAUAAAAGUGUUGACAGUGUUGAGCUUUUACACAGUACUUUACAAUAAUGUUCGCCUUAAAAUUUUCCUCAUCUUCUAAUGUUGCUACCAUGAACACCAAUGCAUUUUAUUUUAAUUUUAAGUGACAGACCAGUAUAAAGUAGAGGAUAAUUGGGAAAUGGAAGACAAAUUAUGAUUGGUUUACAAUUUUUUUCUUGUCAUAAAUUUUUUUUAAAAAAGCAUCAGCUUUGACCAUCAUCCCUGUUACUGCUGAAUGAAAGAAGUUCCACAGCAUGAUGCUGCCACCACUGUUUCAAAAUAAGAGUUUUCCUCCAGUGUUUCGCAUGUGAUCAGACCUUCUUCCAGAUGUUCACUCUCUUCUUACAACUUUUGUCUUCCCGCUCUUCCUGUAUGGGUUUGUUGCAGUUGUGCCAUAUUCUUUCCAUUUCAGAUGAUGGAACUCUGUGAGACUUUCAAAGCUUGGAAUAUCACCAAACCCUUCCUGCAUCUCAUUUAUUUUUGCUGAUUUUUUUAUGUUUACUAGCAACUCCUAGAGUUUUUACCCAAUAUCCGUAUUUCACUUUUCAGAUUUGAAUUUGUAAAAAGUAAUUAGUGAUCCAUGUAUCCUUUUCCUUCCAUUUGAU